ACUUUCAAUUAAAUGUCAGCCGUUAGUUACGAGGGAUAACUGUAAAGUUUGUAAGCAAGCACACCGCGAACUGUCUUACAUCUCAAAGGAUUGCUCGGGAACAAGAUUCAGCAGUUCCCGAGAACGAGCAUUGAUCACGGAUGACUCCCACUGCCCAGGCGGAAGUUAAAUGUGCAGAACCUAUCAUUUGUCUUCAUUAUGGAGUAGUCCAGGUAAGUUUAAAAGAGUAUCGGAAAAGAAUCAACUACGCCAAUUUAGCAUCAUCAUCGAAGUUUUCAUUGUCCACCAAAAACCGCUCUCCACAUAGACGUUUACCACACUGAUACUGCUUACUCAGUAUUUUUCUACCGGAACGAAACUUUCACACUCGUUACCUUUCCUGUUAGAAAAAUUAAGAAGCGACUCGGCUAAGUAGCGUUCUAAACUAUGUUCCGCAGAUAAUCUACAUAAAAAGGUCCAGCAUGCGAAUCUAGUAAAAUCUUGGCUUGUCCGUACACCUACGUAUUCACUCCGACAAAAUCGUAGAAAAUAGCGAAUCGCUCUGUGAUAACAGGAGACCUUUGAGGCGAGUACGCGAUAGCGUUGACAGAAUUUUUUGGGAUGUAACCUUAUAUGGACCUUAUUAUCCUUGACAUGUCAAGAGUGCCAAAGUGAGCUUCUUUCCGUACUUUUAUACUGCAGUCUAUCCCUAGUUUUUUUUACAUUUACAGUCGAUGAAUUAUUUAGGUGGAUAUUCUUUUGCUUGGAUUGGAGCUCUGGAAAAAUAACUCAUUGAGUAGAGUAAAACUGCAAGAAUAAGUAAAUAUCCGAUAUAAUCCGAGUAUCUAAUCAAAAAUAUGCUCAGGGCAAGUGUAAGGUAGUCUACACAUUAAUUAUCGUUACUGAAGCCAGCACGUCUGCCUAGUAAAUAAUGUGUUAAGCGAUUCAUCAUCUUCAGUACAUAAGUAGUAUGAAUUUUAGAAGCUACGUAGAAAGGGAUAAUAAUGCUGUGUAACCGUCGAAGCCAGUCGACUUCAAUAUCAGCCUUUUUGGGUCCAACAUUGCAUCCAUAGUGUCAGUUCCUGACAAGCUCCUCAUGGCAUUUGUAGAGUUCGUUAGUGUACCACCCGAUAGACAGAUAAAUAGGCAGAGGCGGUUGGUCUCCUCUAAUGUCCGGUUGCAAUAUCGAUAUGUUUAUGCAGAGACGCCAUGUUUGUGGCGUGCAGAUGGACCCUAAUUGUCGAUAAAAGUACAAACGGGUCAAUGGAAGGCAAUUUCUUUGGCUACCCAGAUAUUAACAGAAAAAUUAACAGUAAAUAUAUUUUAUUAACUUACCUUAUAUGCAUGUAUGUACAGCUGGAUUAUAUAGUGAUGUCAUGUAUCCAUCGUUACAUACUCCUAACCGACUUGUAUAGUCACAAGGAUGUAUAAACUGUAUUAGUAAAAACCUAGUCGAGUAACAGUCGUUUGUUAUAUUCCUUAUUUCAAGGAUCCUGAUGACUAAUAUUAAAACAAUCAAUGAGAAACAUCAUGGCAUUGAUUUAUUGUCACUCGAAUUAACUGACUGUGACUGUAGAUACGCAUAAAAUUAUUAAAUCUAAUAUAUAAACUAUCAGUUCACCAAUUAAAUCGUAUCUAACUUCUAACUACGUUAAAUACUAACAAAUUUUUGUGACAUUGUUAUCUGUUACUUAUUUUAUACGAAACCAAGCGUCCAAACAACGUUCCAUAACUGACUCUGAUUAACAAUAUGGGCUCCCUUGAACAGGGCCGGAUGUCCAUCCUGCGCUGUGCUAAUCAAUGCCUAUAAUAUAAAUACGACAAACUACCAAACAAUUUGAAAGCGAAAGUUCAUUACAGGUUGUUGGAAACCCAACGCUAUCCUUAUCUAGCUAGUUUGAAUUUGAGAAAUAUUAUUAUUUUAGCCAUGUCUCUUGGCUUGUCGUUUAUAAGCAGUAAACUCCUGCCAAGUACCACAAACACUCGUGUUAAAACAUUGGAGUUCUGCUACAGUUGUUCCCAGGUAUGCAAUACGGUUCGUUUCCUUUUAUUUAUUUAUUUUCUUAAAAUGUCUACGGCGUUGCGCCGAUCAAUAGUAGGAUAUCAUCUUCAUGUAUAAGGUAUUUAUAUUACUCUAUAAUUCAAUAAAAUUCUAGAAUAAUGUAUCGUUUCCAGUUACCAUUGGAUCGGUAUCAUCCUAGGAACUACCCCAGCUUAUUUUUUGCUUACUUUUGAGCUUGACUUGUUGACCAGAUUUGCGCCGCUAGGUUAUAAAACCUGCCUCGACUCCUUGUCUCUACUUGCUAUCUGGGUCAUCAGUUGGACGGUAAAUGUUUUAGUUGUGCAUGAGCUAGUGAAACAACCGGCCAACUUUUCAAUAACUAUCGACUGAUUUCGAUCAGAAAGAAUGCAUUUCAUCAUGCCAUUAGCUACGCUCAGGUAAAAGAACGCUCCCUGAAUUUAGUAUGCUAAUACCAAACAAAACUCUCCUAGCGGAGGCGUUUCGCGCUUUUCGAGACCUCGCCAAAAUCCGAUUUAAAUUUGGCGGUAUUACGAUUCACCUUCCCCCGAUUGGUGGAAAGAACGAAAAUGGCGACUCUCAUUGGCAGAUACCGUCGAUGCAAAACGGACAGGUAACAACCGAACAGAGAAUUUGCAGAAGCAAAACACGAGUUUGUACAUGUUACACAACGACAGCGUAUCCAUAUCCCAUCUUUGUUCAUGUGAUAUCAAUGCUAAUGAAAAUCAGCGUCGCCAGUGGUGCAAAUCAAUCGCUUAACUAUGCACAGAAAAAGAGAAGGUCCCACCCCCAUCCACGUCACAUAAUGCCAAAAGCUGAAUAACGCUUUUUAGCGGUGUUGUACAUUAUUAGAACUUAUUUUUUGAGAGAUCUUGUAUAUUUGUAUAUAUAGCUACAUUUAGUCUGCAGUACAAACACGCAGUAGCAGCAACAGCAGCGGCAUUCGCAAAUAGGUCAGAUAACAUGCUCGAGUGAAUUCGGAAAAUGGCUGACGGAGAGUCUUCAGAUCUGUCACACAGUGACUAUAUCGACUCUGACAGCGAGCUAGAGGCUGGGCUGGGUGAUCCGAAGAAAUUUUCUGAUGACGAAGUGAGCAGUGAACACGAUAAAAACCUGUCUUCCGAUCUCAAAGGCCAAUCCUUUGAGGAAAUCCUCGCUCUAAAAGAUUGCCUUGGUCUAAGAACGUACAAAACUGCGAUUGGACUUAGGGAGCUCGACCAGAAGAAGCGGAAAAAGGUAUUCAAGCGUGAAAAUAAAAACAGGCCUCGAGAAAUUAGCUCGAAAAAUCCUGUGACAGGAGUAAAAAAUAUUUUCAAUGUGAAGAAAAAGCUUUGCGCCGAUCCCAGGUUUGAGAGAGGUUUUGAAGAAGUUCAGCCAAGGAAUGCCAUUAAGGCUCAACACAAGGUCAAACAGAAACUCAGGGACUAUGCCUUUAUCGACAAAAUCAGGGAAAAUGAGGUUCGACAAAUCGAGAGAAGUUUGGCUGAGGGUCAGCUAGACGACGCGGAAGCUUUCAAUGCCCGAAAAAUCUUGCAGAAAGCAAAAUCCCGAGAGGUUUCGAGACAUCAAGAAGCUAUGCGAAAAGAGAUGAAUGACAGGUAUACAAAAUUUUUGAAAGACGCUAGAAACGCUGGUGAGAAAAUCAGAUAUAUGACGAAAAAGGACAAGAAGCAAGUUGAACUCGCUAUUAAGUUUAACGAGCUCAAGAAAUCGGGCAAACUCGAAAAAUAUCUGGAGAAAAAGCGCAAAAAAAAUGCUGCCAGAUCUAGGAAGAAGAUGCACAAUAAACCUGUGUAGUGCAUCAUUUAAAUAGAUCGUUUUGAUGUUGACAAGACGUGAA